CGGAAAGCAUCAUUUUCUGUACCAUUUACUGUUGAUCGGCUUGGUAAUUUAAAGUUAACAUAACCGUUCAUAUAUCUGCGAUACGUAACAUGAAGAUAUCACUUCCAUUUGCUAUGCUCGUGAUCCUUUUCACUGGAUACGAAAGUCUUGUUGAGAGUGCAAGCUGUAGCUGUAACUGCAACGAUGGAGGAAGCUCAUGUCCAAAAACGCAAUACUACGCAAACGCAAAGAGAUUGGUAAAACAAUGCGUAUUUAAAAGCAUAAACGACUAUAGAGACGUCGGUGUACUCACUAAACUCUCUUGUGAUUUCAACAAAGAAAAAACAGAUACUUCACUACGAGUGACAUUCAACGGUGUUAUGAGAGUGAUUGGUUGUUCUUCUGGAUGUUGUCGUCGCUGGUUUAUAACAAUCAACGGUAAGGAAUGCAAAGAUCCAGCUACAAUUGACUCAUUGGUAUAUGCAAAUGGUUCGGUAAAUCGUCACACCCCUGGCAUAAUUGAUGGCAUUUGCAAUAACAUACCUGCAGGACCAGUCAAAGUCGGUCUCUCCAUAGCAGCCUGUUCUGGAGUUAAGGGUGGCGACGCUUCCACAGGUUGGAAUUCCGUUUCGCGUAUUAUAAUUGAAGAAAUGUCAAUUUAGUGAAGAAAAUAAACUUUAGUAACUCAAUAUUCGCAUGGUCUAUACAAAUUUUUUUUUGAGCUGAAUAAAUACAUUUUCUGUUUUCAUAAAA